AUGAUGCUAGGACAUUUGAAGAAGAACUUGCUCAAACUGUCAAAGGAGAAGGAGUGCGAGUUAGCUGCCCAGUGGUGCAAGGCAAUAAUUAACCAUUUGUACUACGUUGCCUCCAACACUCCAGAGGGCCAGGCCGACCUCAUCAUAGCAAAGUGGCUUUCACUCGACAACCACGUCAACAAUGUACACAGAGGCCACGGAGAAUUGUUUCCCAAGUGUGGUCAUGGUAGACUGGGAAGGACGAAACAGAGGAGGAACAAGUGGCUGACUGCAGGGACAAAGGUUUCCACACAGCUCACAAAGAUAAUAACUGCAAAAAGGUUUGUGAAGGACGUCGGCAAGAUAUCGUGUGGUCAGCAGACAUCAGGUCUCGAGGCAUUCAACAGCGUGAUCAACCAUUUCGCACCGAAGCAGUUUCAUUUCAGUCAUGAGGGCAUGGAAAGUAGGCUCCGUGUGGCUGCCUUGCACUACAAUGAAAAUGGCAACAAGGACCAGGCUGUUACCCAGGACGGUCAGGAGAGAUGGGAGGUUCUGUUUCCAAAGGUGAAGAAGGGUGGUUACUCAGUGCGUCCAGUCAGGAAACCAAGUACAUGUGGAUAUACACAGAGACUACUCCUCGAGGUUCAAUGCAGGUGUGUGAAGAAUUUGAAAGCUGCCAAGAAAGGGAAAUUUGCUGCACUUUGUGAUAACUAUGAGCAUCCAGAGAAAGCUGAAGCUGUUGACAACUACAAGACCAAGUUCAAACGUUUCAAGAAUACGAAAUAAUCAUGCAGUCACUUGUUCGAUUCAGUUCACUUCUUCGUCUUGAGUGGUGGAUAUUUGAAGCCGACAAUUUCACCUUCUGGAGGAAAGUUCUCACGGAUUUUAUGAACUACACAGGCUGGCAGUGGCACGGUUUCCCUCUCUGAGAAUUUUCCACACCCAGCGUACCAUUUACCGAUAGGCGACGUAUCUGUAUUUCCUGGAAAAUAAGAAAUGGAUCAAUUAACUUGUUUGAUGCAACUGAUUAUACUUUGAAUUCAUUCUGAAUGAUAUCUGUGUUCAUUUGUUUUAAUUUGUACAUAUUUGUAAAUACCUGAAUCGAAAAAUGAAAUAAUAAAUUUGUACAGAAGUGAAAUGAAAUUUUACUUACUGAUUCAUUGCCCCUGGCACCUCUUUCUUGUGGUAUAGUCUGUAUGCCAGCUGGAGUGACCAAACAUCAAGGCAAUUUGAGCGAAAGGCAGGAUGGUCAGUAAUACAGUCUAUCUCCUCAAAAUCAGCUGCGUACUCGUCAACAACGUUGUUCACUGGCACCUUCUCCCUGCAGCAGGCAUUUUCCUCUGGCACUGUGGAAUUCAGACAGUUCUUGCAUUCGCACCUGGAAUUAUAAAAUCAGCAUUUGUUGAAGGAGGACCUUUCAACUACAACACAUUAUUCCAUAGACUAUUACAUGAUUAAUAGCCUACAUGUAGGCUGCAGGGGUGAG